AUUAUGCCACUAUGUCAGUAGACAUCAAUGUGUCUAGGACAACGAUAAGUUGAUCAUAAGGUGUCGUAACUUCUCAUACACUCUGUUGUGGGAUUAAUUGUGGUGAUCAAUGAGUUUGUGGGAUGUAAAUGGAAACUUAUCGGUUUUUCGACCAGAAGCAAGAACAGCAUCGGAAAUCCGUCUACUCGGAUGGAAUGUCCCACCAGAAGAAUUGCAAACCAUCCCGGAGCACUGGCUCACACAUCCAGAGCCAGAUGCAUCUCUUCAUUAUCUUUUGGGAAUGUUGUAUAUAGGCUUUACCGUUGUCGCGCUAAUUGGAAAUGGACUGGUUAUAUGGGUGUUUUCUGCAGCAAAGUCAUUACAGACUCCGUCCAACAUGUUUGUGAUUAAUUUAGCCAUUUGUGAUUUUAUGAUGAUGCUCAAGACACCAAUAUUCAUUUACAAUUCAUUUAAUCGUGGCUAUGCGCUAGGAUAUUAUUACUGUCAGUUAUUCGCAAUUAUUGGUUCGUUGUCUGGAAUUGGAGCUGGUAUGACCAAUGUGUUUAUUGCAUAUGACAGGUACAAUGUCAUCACAAACCCAUUCGAAGGCAAAAUGUCAAGAGGUAAAGCGAUCCUAUUCAUCAUCAUAAUUUGGAUAUACACCAUACCGUGGGCCGUGUUCCCAGCUAUGCAAAUUUGGGGUCGAUUCGUGCCAGAGGGAUAUCUGACGGCGUGCACAUUUGAUUAUCUAACCGACUCUUUUGAUACACGACUCUUCGUUGGAGUAAUAUUCACAUUCAGCUAUCUCAUCCCGAUGUCAAUGAUUAUAUUCUUCUACAGUCAAAUAUGCAGUCAUGUAUUCAGUCACGAGAAAGCACUACGGGAACAGGCGAAAAAAAUGAAUGUUGAAUCAUUGAGAUCUAACCAAGGGAACAGUACCGAAACAGCAGAGGUUAAAAUUGCAAAAGCUGCGAUAACUAUAUGUUUCUUGUUUGUUGCAGCGUGGACGCCAUAUGGUGUAAUGGCACUGAUCGGAGCAUUUGGUAAUAAAGCUCUGCUAACACCUGGUGUAACAAUGAUUCCAGCUUGUGCCUGUAAAUUUGUUGCCUGUCUGGAUCCGUACGUGUACGCCAUUAGCCAUCCUCGAUAUAGAAUCGAACUAAAUAAUCGGUUACCAUGGUUGGCGAUAAACGAAAAACCGAUAUCCGAUAAUGUUUCAGCGACCAGUGAUGCAACCCAAGUUCAAACAACAACUGUGGCUUAGUCAAUGAUUAUUCUUCUGCAGAUUUUUACCAAAACUAUUUGUACUUUGAAAGCGAGCUGGUUGCACGCAUAAUUAACCAACUACGAAAGUCGAUAUCGUGUACCGUGAGGGUAGCAGUAUCUUAUUUUCACGGCGUACAUAUUUUUUUUAAACUUCCUAAUUGAUCAGAAAUAUGUACAACCUUCCUCUUUCUUACUGAUGACGACUUGGCAUUACUUAACCGGACAGUUAUAUAGUUUUUUGUAACAUCAAAAUUAGUAGUGACGAUGCAAUUUAGCAUGAUCAAUAAUUUUUUGUUUGUAAAUUCCAUUUGGACACUUUUAGAUUCAUAGAAUUAUUGUAAAAAAAUAAUAGGAAAUACACUGCAAGCAUUCUAAAAUGAAA